GGCGGCCAUGCAGGCCCCAGGGGACGGCGAGGGCGGCGCGGCAGGCGGGGCGGAGGGCGGCGCGGGCAGCCGUGAAGGCGAGGGUGGCCCGCGCCCCGAGGGAGCGGAGGGCGAGGCGGUCAGGGCCCCUCCCCAGGCCGAGGUUGCCCCGCAGCCCGCGGGGCCCCUUGGGGACGUGCCGCCCGAGGUCAUGUUCGCCCCGAGCCGAUUGCUGGAGUUCAAGCUGACGGUGCCCUUCCGGACACCACUGGAGGCGGAGAUGGCGCGCAGGUCCCUCGCACCGUAUGUCCAGCGUCCCCGAGGACUAGUUCAGAAGGAGCUGACGGUGAACGGCAGCGCCCUGGCCAUUAGAUGGACUGCCGAGGACCCGGUCUUCUUCCGCAUUUCCGUGAACGCCUUCCUGGACCAGCUGUCCCUGGUGAUGCGAAACAUUCGAGGCUUUGGGUCCCCGCCAAUGCGAAGCCUGGGCCGGGGAAAGAGAACCGACACCUAAAGCCGCGCCCCCCGCCCCCGCAGGCGCGGCUCGGGCCGUCGUCGGUACCUGCCGUCGUUGCCGACCCGCUAUCAGAGCCCCACGUUUUUCCCCCGCAGCGGGCCCCGGGUGCCUCCUGGUGCCCUCGAGUUCUUAGUUCUUUCCCUGGCCUCGGGGGAGCGGGCCCUGCUUGUUGGUUGCUGCAGAAAAUAAAGCCGAGUUCACUGUU